UCUGUACGUCUACCGCUACACGUAGUGUUUAGUGGUUUUGUAAGGUGUUAAUUUAUAAGUUAGUCGUAAUGUAAUACUAAACUAAUGGAAGAGAAACUAAACAUCCGAAUUAGAGACCUGAACCCACACAUAGUUUGUAUACUAUGUGCUGGAUACUUCAUUGAUGCCACUACAAUCACAGAAUGUUUGCACACCUUUUGCAAGAGCUGCAUUGUCAAAUUUUUACAAACCAGCAAACACUGUCCCAUGUGCAAUAUUAAGGUUCAUGAAACUCAACCUCUCCUGAAUCUAAAAUCAGACAGGACUUUACAAGACAUUGUAUAUAAGAUUGUACCCUCUUUGUGGGAAAAUGAACUUAAACAAAGAGAAGACUUUGAAAAAAUGAGAGGUUUGACUGAGACAAAUACAGAAGGUUGUAAGGAAGAAGAAGAUAGUAACAAAGAAGAUGGUUUGUCUAACCAGCAUCUUUAUAUACACGAUGAGCUAGUUCAUGUUCAAGUAGAACCACUAAGAAAUGGCCCCAGUACAAGAGACCCUUUUAUUAGGGAUGGAAGACAGUAUGUUCGUUGUUCUGUACGGGCCCAGAUCUACCACUUAAAGAAGUUGAUUCGAAAAUUAUGGCCAGAAACAAUGAAUAAAGAGGUUGAAAUUGUGUGUAAUGGAAAAGUAAUGUCCGACCAUUAUUGUUUAAAGCGUGUUUGGUUAUCAUCAUGGAAAGAUAAGAACCCUCCGUUAGUGCUACAAUUUUACAUGAAAAAGAAGCCUCUGUGAUGAGUUGGUGCCUUCUAGUUUUGUUUAUCAAGUGACAUAUACUGAUUGAGAAGUCCUGCCUUAUUUCAGAGUAUUUAUGAGGAAUUACAAGACCAUCCAAUGAUCGUAUUACAUACAUAGAUAUAUGCAUGAUCUUGUACAUAGGAAAUAUUUAUUAGUCAAAUUUGUAAAUAUACUCUUCAAUGCCAGAACAUGUUAACCAUGACAAAUAAUAUUAACUUCAAAACAGCAUUCUUAGAACCUCGUUGAUUUUUUUGAAUUGUUAAGAUAAUGUUCCAUAAUAUUCAAUUUUUUUUAUAUCAAAAUUUAGGGAUACUUAAAGUACAGGUGUAUAGUCUUCAAAAGAUUUUUGUACAUAAUAAUUUUACCUCUACCAAAUUGAAAAAUUAAAGCAAUUUGUAGGUUUUAGUUUAUAUUAUUGGCUCUGUUAGCUAUCUGUUCAUGUUUUUGUAUAAUGCACUUUUCCAGUAUUUAAAACACUUUAUUCUGAUUCACCAACACUUUUCAGGUCAACAUUUUCAUUCUGGAAACUUAAGUCUUUUUCCAUGGUUUAAAAAAUAUAUGUAACUUGUAAUAUAUAUAUAAUCAAAUUAGCAAAGCAUUUAAAGUUUUUCUAUCUUUCUGUUUUAAACUUAUUUUUGUGAAGAGACUUCAUUUGAAUGCAAAGUUUUUUUUUGCUCUGUAAAUAUUGAAAACAGCAUCAAUUUAUGCUUUCAUUCACCUUCAAUGAUUUUGAGUGGCGUUUUAAAUUCUAAAAUUGCUUUUAAUACUAAUUUUGUCUUUUAAGUGGUAGACUUCUAAUCAUGAAGAUGUUUUAAUACUCUCUUUGCAGAAAAUUUGACCAUAUUGUUUGAACUCCUUUGCUAUGACAAUGAAUGUUAUAAAAAAAUGAAAAACAUGGAUAAAAGAAAUUCACAAUUUUUUCUACUUGCUGUCGUUUUUAGUGUGCUCUAAUAUGUUAAAUUGUUAUUUACAUUUUAUGAUAUUUAAAAAACUGUUUAUCAGUAUUUUUAGUUGUUGAUUAUAUUGAUGGUUGGUAAAACAUAUUUGAAAUGUUUUUAGAAACAGGUCAAAUUUUUCUUGAGUGCAAUGUAAGAACACAUUUCUGUAGAAGCUUUAUCAAAAUUUGUUAGGUCUUCCUGUUACCUUGUGCAGGUGUCAAACAUCUUUUUACCUUUUAGAUAUGUUAAUAGCAUAUUUACAAAGUAAUUAGAAUUAAUUUUUCUUUUGUUAUUAUUCCUUGUGUUUUUUUUUUCUUGUUCCAAAUUGUCUUCAAAAGUUUAAUGUCUGUUAUUUUCUUUAAUCCAAGAUAAAUAUUUGUUAUUCUUCAAAGAUGUGUUCUUAUAGAAAGGUUGCAUUUUUUUGACAUUCUAUUUAACUUUUUUUGUUGUAUUUUAUACAUAUAUGUUGAAACAGGGUUGCACUUGUUAUGCAAUUUAUUCAACCAGGUAAAGUUUCACUCAAACUGAAACCAAUAGAAAAUUAAUAUAACUUGUAUUAAAUGCUUUAUUUUUUUGUACAGAAUGUUUCAAAAAUAUUGAACCACACAAAUUACAUAUGACAUACAAAAAUCCUAAACUGACAGUCUUGUACUGUUUUUUGUUAUUUUUAUUUUUUAGUAAAACAAAUACUACAUGCAAAAACAAAGUUCAUAGUGGAAUAACAAUUGGUCAAGAAAAAUGUGAUAUUGCUAGUAAGGUGUACAUAGUUUUGAAACACACUGUAUUUGCUUAAAACAUUUUUAUUGUGAUACCUGUUACAUAGGAGUAGUACUGUGUUUUAGAAUCAUUUUAAUGGGAUGUCUAUACAAUGUUCAUGUCAAGUUGGUUAUUGAAAGUUUAAUUAAAAUGAUGUUUUAUUGAUGGUAGUGUUGUCAAAAAUAAAUUAAUUUUUUGCUUAUA